AUGUCUCAGGAGCGUUCCCUUAAUGAUGUUAAAAGUGUUGAGGUAACUACCAACGGAGAGGAGAAUGGUGUUAAUAAGUCUUGUUCCUCGCUAAUCCCCGAGAACUGCGACGUACACAGGCCUGAGAAUAACUGCUCGGGGAGUCCCCGCUCGAACAAGAAGAUUUUUGUCGGAGCGUUGACGCCAGAUACUACUGAGCAAAAUCUUAUUGAUUAUUUUUCUAAAUUUGGGGAGAUUGUGUCCUGUGCUGUGAAGCUCUAUCGAGACACGGGAUGCUCUCGUGGCUUCGGUUUCAUAGUUUUCAAAAGCGAUGAGUCCGUUAAAAAGGUCUUGAGCAUUCCUGAACACAUAGUCAAUGGGAAGAAAAUUGACCCCAAACCGGCGAAGUGCCCGAAGGACACCCAGCGCAAAGUUUUUGUUGGUGGUCUUGACCCUGAUGUCAGCCCUAAGGAAAUUGAAGAGCAUUUCAGUAAAUUUGGCAAAGUUGAAGCAGUUGAGACACCGUUUGAUAGCACUAGGAUGAGGCGUAGGAGUUAUGUUUUUGUUGUAUUCUCCUCGGAGUACGAGGCUAAGAGGGCUGCUUCUAUCGAGAGGCAGGAGAUUAAUGGAAAAAGUUGUGAUGUCCGUGUUGCUGUUCCUCGAGAAGUUUCUUUUCGUCAAAGAGCAAUGGCACAAGUAACACCACAAUUUUCUCUGGCUGAUAUUCAGCAGGCUAUGCUGAAUCUCUUCUACUACAACAGUCUCGGCCAACAGCCGGCACUGCAAAAUCACUUCGCCUGGCCGCAAGCUGCGCAUCAUGUGACAAACAGGUCGCCUUUCCGAGCCAGCUAUGAUCAGCAGGCCGCUGAAAAGCUCUUCAAUCAACCUACGAUAGGUAGGUCCGACGCGUGGUAUGAGUCUUCGGUGGCACGGCCACCACCGCCUUCGCAGGCCUCGGUGUCCACAGCUCCACCACCGAGAAAUCCGCCAAUGGCCGCGACACAUCCCUAUCUGACUUUCCCAUUCUCUUACCAAUCUGCUGCGGCAGCUGCUGCAGCGGCGGCUGCAGCCACUUCGCAGCAUUUCUACUACCAAGCUACUCCUGGAUACUACUACCAACCUGCUCCUCCUUCCGUCUCCCCUUCCGAGGCCCAAAACUCUGCUCCUGUGCCUAACGGAAAUGUCAAUCAGGUGCCAAAUCAGGCUAACGCCAUGAACGACUUCAUGGCUGCUAUUGUCACCGCCAACCAGAUGCCCUUUAUUACAGCGCCUGCUGCUUCUGCCUAUCCCACUACCCCGGCGGGUGAUAUGAGCUAUAUAUACCGCCAGCAACAACAGCAGACGAUUAACCCCGCCUUCUACCAAAGUGCGUCGGCGGAGGGAAUGUUUAAUGAUCCUGCUGCCGGUCUCUCGCGGUCUCAUUUUUAUGGAGGUGGUGUGCUUCCUCCUACUUCCUCUACUGGCGCCGCUGUUACUGCCAUCUCCUCUCCGCUGAAACCCCGUGGUUCGAAAUCUCACAUCAAUGGGGUGCACCAGGCUAGGAGCGCGCAGAAUGGUCAUGGGGUAAAAGAGGGUGAGGGGGUCAGUGUGGGGUCUUCUGAACACCCAGUAGCGGCGACAACCAAUGGGACGUCGGGAUUAGCACCUACGCUGGAGACACAGAUGGCGAAUCUGUCCGUGGCGGAAAUUUAG